UGUUUUUUUUAAUGUUAUUGUGGUUCUGAAAUUUUAUGGAUCCCAACUGGCUGCUGCCGUUAUAUCCACAUGUCUCCUUCCACUGCAGAGAAGCAAAUUAGUGAAGAAGUUGACCAUUGAUGCACACCAGCAAUGGCAGCUCGGCUGCUCCGUUCUCGCCUCCCCAUCCUCAUCCUCCAUCUUGUUCUCUGGGUUUCUAUGUUAUGCAAAGAAGUUGGUUCCGUGCCCGUUGAGGAAGAAAACCGAUACCCCAAACCCCACUCUCCUAUUCUUUCUGAAGCCGUCGUCUCUCGCAUAGCCUUCGGCUCAUGUGCGAACCAGAGCGCCCCGCAGCCCAUAUGGAACGCGAUCAUCGAUUUCAAUCCCCAACUCUUUAUCUGGCUCGGUGACAAUAUUUAUGGUGAUAACCGCCGUCCUAUUAGGGUUUUUGGCCGUGAGGCCACCAUCGGCCCCUGGAAGAACACUCCUAGGUUCUUCCCGUCCGAAGAAAGUGAGAUGCGUCGGCGCUAUCAACUAGCUAAGGCUCAGCCUGGCUAUUCCCAGCUGAGGAAACGCGCUCAGGUUAUUGGAACAUGGGAUGACCAUGAUUAUGGAUUGAAUGAUGCAGGGAAAGAAUUUUCUGGGAAGAAUACUAGCCAAAGGCUUCUCUUAGAUUUCCUUGAUGAGCCUGAAGAUAGUCCACGGCGGAAACAAGCCGGUGUCUAUGCUUCAUACUUGUUUGGGCCAAAGGGAAAGCGGGUAAAGGUUAUUCUUUUAGAUACAAGAUAUCAUAGGGAUCCAUUGUUCAGUGAUGGAACCAUGUUGGGAGAAUCACAGUGGAAAUGGUUAGAGAAAGAGCUUUAUGGUCCAGGCUCUGAAAUUACUAUUAUUGCAUCUUCUAUUCAGGUUGUCUCAAACCUUUCUGCAAACACUGGUCCAAUUUUCUAUGUGGAAUCUUGGGGACAUUUCCCAAAGGAAAGGGAACGCCUCUACAAAUUGAUAAGCGAUAGCGAGAGAAGUGGAGUGUUCUUCAUCAGUGGCGAUGUUCAUUUUGCGGAGAUUACACGCUAUGACUGUGGUUGCGAAUAUCCAUUGUAUGACAUCACCUCGAGUGGUCUAACUCAAGCUGUUGAGAGGACUGUGCCUCCACCCUUGGAUUAUCUUUUGAGGUUAGCAGCCUGGUUGACGCCAACAACUAUGAGAGUAUUUUCUUCAACAUGCCAAUAUAAAAGUUGCACGUAUGCCAAGCAAAACUUUGGGGCAAUUGAAAUUGAUUGGAAUACAGUUCCUCAUAUUAUCAAGUUUGAAGUAAGGAGUGUCAGUGGCGAUUCUGUCAACAUGGUGAAAUUUCCUCUUACCGAGUUGCAACCAAAAAAAUCAAACAGAAGCCACGCUAAAGAAAAAUUUAGUGAACAUUGCAUUUUGGAAGUUGAGCUGCCAUGGUUUCUUAGGCAUCAGCUAGCUUUUGCAUUUUUUGGAACCUUAGCUGGCUAUUUUCUGGCUUUUAUUUUAUUUGUUUGGAUCAUUGCGUCAGCUGGCAAAACAUUUGUACAAAAGCUCAAGAUUGACUGAAAGUUUAGCGGAUAAAGGUAUCAGUUUUCCUGGCGAGGAAGUCAGAAGCAGCAGCUUUAGCAGUUUAAAACAGACCAGCCUUAUACAAAUCCUAGUACUUAAUGAAUGAAGAGUAUGUUGCUCCAUUUGCCCAACAGAUAGCUAUAGCUGGGUUAAGUAAAAUCUGUCUUAAUUUUUCUGCGUAUUUUGGUUGCAUCAACCACCAAUUUUUUAAGUUGUAGUUUAGCACUAUUGGUAGGAGGAAAGAUAACACGUGUUCUCAUUUUAUUGUGUUUGAAAUUCAGCUAUAUUGUAAAUUGGACAGUAAAAAAUCGAGAUCAUGUAAUGUGAUUAAAUUCACCAUAAAUUUAGAACAUUGAA